AUGCUAUGGUUUACCGAGGUGUCAUUCUAUCUCAUCAUAUGCACAAUAUGUACAGCCUGCCUGUUAUACAACCUCACUUACCUCGGACGAAAUUCCUCCUUGAUUAUAUGCAGGCCUCGGGAACGUGUCGUCAUUCCAUCCCACGUCAAACAAGGGUUCAAGAUCGAUAUCGGAGCUUACAGGCCACUGGGCAGGCGAGUUGCAGUGCCCAACGCUCGUGCUCUGAUACCACAUGCAGUCGAAAUUGUGUAUCGCACCCGCGCAGGUCCAAACACCGGUUCGUCUAUCGUCUCCGCUAAUAAGACCGGCUUGCACCGGUGCAAAGACGUUGAGAAAGGAAUUCGGCCAGCCAAGGCCUUCAGUGAAUAA